AUGCAUACAAGAGAAAACUCUCCUAGUAUGAGAAAUUUUAUUGAUGCAGUAAAUAUAGAGCAAGAUGAAAUUUUUGAUUCAGAAAACACACUUAGUCAUUUUCCUGUGGAAGAAAAAAAUUCAGAUUCUGAUAAUGAAGAUUACCAUUUUAACACGAAUUUAGUUGACAUAAUAAAUUUAGAGAAAAGUAAGUCAUGUGAUAUAGCAAAUAUUUUAGAUGAAGUACAAUGUUCGUUAAUGGACUCUUUAAUUGAUCCUUUCUAUCCAUCUUAUGAAAAAGAUUACUUAACUAUUAAUACUGAAGCAGAAUCUUCUAGUAUAAGUUUAGUGGGCACAAAAAAUGUAGAGUAUGAAGAUUCUAUUGAUUUAAAAAAUACUUUAGAUGAAGCUUCAAACAUAUUACCAGAUUUACUAGAAGAACCUCUUGAUUUACCUCUUGAACCUAACUAUUCAACUACUCAUACUGAAGCAGAAUCCUCUAGCAUAAGUUUAAUAAGCAGAAAAAAUGUAGAGAAUGAAGACUCUGUUGAAAUACAAAACAUUUUAAAUGAAUUACUAAAUACAUUACCAGAUUCACAAAUACAAUCUAUCGAUUUACCUCUUGAACUUAACUAUUCAACUGUUCAUAAUGAAACAGAGUCCUCUAGAAUAAGUUUAAUUAAAACAAAAAUUGUAGAAAAUGAAGAUUCUUGUAAUCUACCGAAUAUUUUCAGUGAUUCAUACGUUACUUCCAAUUACUUGGAAAGGGGAUUCUUUGAGUUACCCUUAGGAGGUCAUUCUUCAACUAUUAGGAAUGAUAGUAUACCUUCCAGUACGAACAAUUUAAUGUUUUCAGAAAGUGAAAGUGAGAAAUCUAUUGAAUUACAAAAUAAUUUUUUUAAUCCUCCUAUAGAACAACAAGAUUUAUCAUUUUAUAUUGAGGGAGGUUCCUCUAACAUAGACAAGUUAAUGCACGUGGUAUUUGAAAAACCUAUUGAACUAGAAAAUAUUCUUCCUAACUUUUCUAUAAAUCAACCUACUGCAACUAUUAGCGAUUUCCAAGAAGACACAAGCUUAGUAAAUACAAUUGAACAAGCAUCAGAAGAAUGCAUGGGAAAUGAAAGAAAUAAGGAAGAAAUUAAUGAGCAAAUUCUUGGAGAAAAUACAUUUAGCAAACAAAAUUUCUUUAAUGAUUCAUCUGCUAUCGAUUCUAGUAUGCAUAUUAGUAGUGGUAAUACACAGUCAUGCAAAAAAAAAGGAAAGAAGAGAAAUUACGAAGAUAUUGAUAAUUUAGAUAAUCAGAGUAUUGGAAAUUAUGUAUGCAUUAAUCCAAAAAAAAAAUAUACUUAUAAUAAAGAUGGUGAAAAUCUUGUUUGUUCUCUUUUAAAUGUUUUCGAUAUUGAAACUAAGUUCAUGUCACGUAAUGUAGUUCCAAAUUUACAAAAAUUAAGAGAUAUAUUAAACGACGAUAAAAAAGAUACACAUAAUGAUAUAGUAAAAAAAGUUAAAAUAAGCAUUUUGUCAUUAAGAGAUAUUAUAAAUGAGGAAAUACAAAAAAUUAAUCAUUCUGAUCUAACAGUAAUAAAAAAUUAUUAUGAUAAAAAUAUAGAAGGAAACCAAUUAGUAAAAAGCAUUAAUAAUUCUAUUUUGUCAUUUAGACGUACAAUGAAUCAUAGAUUUAAUAAAAAAGAGGAAAUAUAUGAAGGAGUAGAUCACUCUUUAAAAAUUCUUCAUGAUUCAAUCUAUGAAUAUAAAUUUUUUCAGGACUUAUAUCAUAUUAAUUCAAUUAUUAUAAAUAAUUCCAUGCAUAGUAAAUUAUUUUCUGCUCCAUUUAUUCAUUCAUUUGAAACCUUCAAAAAUAUUUUUGAAUUAUUUAGACUAAUGGAUGAAUUAAUAAAAAUUGUAGAAAAAUCAAUUAAAAAUGGAUUUUUAUUAAGAGAUCGUAAUUAUUUUCGUACAGCUCAAAAGAUGAUAUUUAAUCUUUGUGUACCGAUAACUUCAAAUAUUAGAAAAAAUUUGGUUAAACUUGACGAUAUUUUGAAAAUAUUGAAUUUAUCAUAUGAAGACUACAAUAUAAUAGUGCAAACUAUUUUUCAUUUUUUUAAAGAAAACGUAAAAAAUAAAAAAAAAUUAAGGCAUGACAUAAAUAAACUUUAUAGAAAAAAUUCUUUUAGAGCCGUUUGUGAUUUUUUAUUAGAGGAAGAAAAGCAUAUUUUAUGGUACUAUAAUGAAGCAUCUGAAAUUUUUAAUUUAAAUUUAAGUGACAAAAAUAAGGAAGGGAUAUCCUUCAAUGAUUUAAUAAAUAAUGAAAAUACUGUAAGUCAUUUAUCUUCUCUCUAUAAAACUCUUACGAAAUUAAUUGGAACUUUAUUUAUUAAGAAACAGUUAAUCAUUAUUUCGAAAAUAUGUAAAUCAUUAUUACAUAUGAAUUCAUUAAAAAGAAGGAAACAUAUUUCACAUGAAACAAGACAAAUUAUAAAAAAGGAAUACCAAUCAAAUUUACUUUCUCAGAUAGAAAGUGAAAAAUGUAGAAUGGAAAAAGUUAAGUUCAAUAUAAGAAAUUUAUAUUUAUUUGUUAGUGUAAAAGAAGAUAUAAAACAUAUUCAAGUAUCAAAUGAUUUAAAAAAUAAAAUAAAGGAAAUUAUAUCAAUUUUACGUUUCCUUCAUACUAUAACGUGUAAAGAUGAUAUAACUAAAUUUAAUCAUCAAAAAAAGGGUAAUACGGAAAAUAUUUUGCUUGCACUAUAUUAUGCCUAUCAAAGACUUAUAAAGUUUACUGAAAAUGAAAUAUAA